AGCGUCUCAUCGCCCGCUAUCCACGUUCCGGGGCUCCUCCCCCUCUUUCAGUGACCCCACCCCUUCCAACACACACAGCGACUCGACAUGACGGAGCGGGGCAAAGGCGUCACGGGAGGCGUGGAGCAGAUGCUGGACACGGAGAACCAGCGCGCUACAGAAGUCCUUUCCAGCAAAGUGUCUCGCCUCAAGUCGUUUGCUUUGGAAAUUGACAAAGAAACAGAGGAGCACAAUCAGUACCUGGAUGGAAUGGACAGCGAGUUCAUGAGCGUCACGGGGCUGCUGUCGGGCAGCGUGAAGCGCUUCUCGUCGAUGGUGCGCUCCGGCCGCGACAACCGCCGCCUCACGUGCUACCUCGUCGCGGCGCUCGUGAUCUCCUUCCUCGUCCUCUACUACCUGGUCUGGCGCGUCCGCACGUGAUCUCGUUCAUCGCCGCCGCCGCCGCCGCCCGUGGAGCGACCUCCUCCCUUUGGACGCACAGCUGCCCACUGAAUGCACGGGUGGGAGGGGAGGGGGGGGGAACCUUUCCCUGACUCGAGGACCGAGUUGUACCCUCGGUGACCGUUGACGCGUCUCGCACGUAUUUACGCUAACCCUCCUCGGCCACUUAUGUCACUGCGGGAAGGCUUCUUUUUUUUUUCAAAAUUGAUUUGAGUGUGCUGAAAUAAAAAAAAAGUGUUUUAUGCUCAAAUACGUCCCAGCAGCUAAGGUACUUGCAGUGAUACGUGAACGGGCACACUCAAAUUCGGAAACACAGUAUCGCCAGGUCGCAAAUGUUCCCCUCCAGUUCCCAGUUAGCGUGGCUACGAUGCUUCCUUUGGCAGGAAUGAUUGAUCUCGCUAAACUUAGGAACACAGUCAUAUCCAGUCGAAAAUAUUCACCUCCAGUGUACGAUUAGUGUGGCGGCGGCGGCGGCGGCGGCCAGGUUGCCUGUAAGUGACUGAUGUUCUUUGCGGGCCGUUUAAAAGUGGAGGAGGCGGCUUCCCCUUUGGCCGCGGGCCGCAUGAAAUGAAGUUGUGGGCCACAUUCCGCCCGUGGGCUAUAGGUUCUCCACCCCUUGCUGUGACACCUCUCGCAAGUCUUACCAAAUGUUUGACCUGCAGGGUUAUCGAGUAAAAUGUCAAGUUUUUUUUGCGUGAAUGAUUUCUGUGGGUAAAUGUAUAUUUGGGGGUUGGAUGGUUGUUGCACUUUGUGACUUUCAUGUGCCCAAAUCUAAUCACAUGCACUUUACAGUCUUGGGGCGUGGUUUUCAUUGUGUUGUAUGUUUAUCAAAACAACUGGGUGUAUUUUUUUUCCUUUGCACUUGCGGUCCCUGGGUGAUUAGUUCAAG